AUGAAGGAGCACUGGAGCUACAUCGAGUCCUUAGGCUUGGCGAAGCUGCCGGGGGAGGAGCUGCCAGGGGUUCCCAUGACACAGCUGGAGCACAUUGUCCGCUUCUUGGCGGAUAGCAUCACGGCCUCUCCACUCCCAGCUCCAUGGGCCGCACAUCGGGACGAAGAGGGCAAGGUCUUUUAUGGCAACCCCACCACUGGUGAGACCUCUUGGGAGCAUCCCUUGGAGGAUGUGAUCCGGGAGCUGGCAGGGAUGUGCCGAGUGUGCGUCUCCUUGUCCCGAUCCAUGCGAGAGCGUUCCAUUGCGGACCUGCGCGAAGCCUGGGAGGUACAAGCGAAGGAGGAGUUCUCGCAGUGGUACAGCGCCAAAGACCAGUCCUCCGGGAAGGAAUACUACUGCAACUCACUGACCAAGGAGACGAUGUGGGAACAUCCUGCAGAAGUGCUGCUACCUGGUCACUUCCUAAAGCUGAAGAGUGCUGACAGGCUGCUGGAUGAAGCCUAUCUUCAAGAUCUGGCAAAUCUGGGGAGUACCCUCAACAACGGCACCGGCAAGAGCUGGAAUCUCAUGAAACGCACCUUGGAGUCCAAUGGAAGCACGGUGUCCACGGAGGUACGCCGCUUUGGAAAAUGA